AUGAAAGUGGUCCCGGUCGAAGGAGACCCCGCUCCAAGUCCUCCGCUGGACAACGUCGAUUGUGUGGACACUGUGAUCCGCAGCCUCCGCCAAGAGCCGGCCACGCCCAAGUACAAUGACGUGUUCUUCACCGUACUCUUCGUUGGGCAACUGCUAGCAAUCUCCGUGAUCGCGUUCUGGAAGGGUUUGCCGGCUGUGAUAAAGGGGGCUCACGACUACCAGGUCAAGUCAAACAACAACGGAAACGUGGGUGCAGCCGUGGGGAUGAUCUUGCUUCUCGUGUUUGUUGCCGGGACGCUCACGUUCGUUUGGCUACGUGUGCUAAUCGCACACGCCGAAUCAAUGAUUCAUGUCGCCAUCUGGAUGAAUGCCGGCUUCAUGCUUGUUAUCGCACUCGGCAUGAUCCCCGCUGCCUGCAAAGCUGUGCAAGAGUAUCCUGCUUUGUUUUCCGUGGCAACUGUGCUUCUCGUAUUCCAGCUUGUGGGGGUGCUUCUCUGGACCCUUAGUGUUGUCGGCGUGAUCCAGUUAUUCAAGAGUGCGAGCGAAUCAAACGCUUCAGAAGGUAACAAAAAUGGCGAUGGAGCUUAUCUUGUCAUCUUCUUCAUGCUCAUUGGCGCCUAUUGGGGACAACAAGUGCUGCAAAAUGUCAUGCGGUGUACUACGGCCGGUGUUGUCGCGACCUGGUGGUACCAGCCAGAGAUCAAAAAUGCCACGUCCGCCGCAGCCUACCGUUCAAUUACGACUUCUUUCGGAUCUAUCUGCUUCGGCUCGCUGAUUGUCGCGGUUUUCGAGGCUCUCAAAAUUAUGUCAUCACUGAAGGGCGACAAGAAAGGGAAAGACGGCGGGUUUGCGUUCAUUGCGUGCAUUGCGCAGUGCAUACUCAAAACGCUAGCGAAGUUCAUGGAUUAUGUUAACCAAUGGGCUUUUGUCUACAUCGGAAUCUACGGCAACGAUUUCUAUACGAGUGGGAAGGCUGUCAUAAGCCUUUUCAAGAACCGCGGCUGGACAGCCAUCAUUAACGACGACCUGGUCAAGGGCGCACUUCGCAUUGGCAUCACUACGUGCUUCAUCGGGAUUCUGCUCGGGUACCUGUCACCUGCUUCGUGGUUUGAGCCUCUAGGCUCAAGAUUCGCCAUUCUAAGCCUAGCAGGCUUGUUUGCUGGUACAGGAAUUACUGUCAUCUUUUCCCAAGUGGUGGUUGCGGCACUUCAUACCAUAUUUGUCUGCUUCGCAGAAGACCCCCUUCCCCUCGGCCGCAACCAUCCGGCCGAGAACGCGGCGCUGGUAGAAGCCUGGCGCACUUUCUACUAUGGCCCGCUCACAAUGGCGUACGGAUCGGCAGUGUAA